CCCAUAAUUAAAUCACAUAUCAACACAUAAAAAGAAAGAAAAGCCAAAUUGCUUCAAGAUUCGAUUCAUACUCCUUAAUUAGUCUUUUCCUCGAUUCUUUCUCCAAUCUUCUAUUACAAAACAACACACAUUUGUGCUUCAACAACAGAAAGAAACAAAAUGCAGAUGAAUAACAACGAAGAACGACGACAUAACACGGUACUGUCGUCGUUCCCUGGGAAAGGCAUCAUGAAAGCAACUGUUUUCAUCGUCGUUUCUCUAUUCAUUUCAGCUGCCCUCUUAGACUUCUUGGGCUUUCACGACUUUAAUGUUCUUGCAGGUUCCAAGCUAAUAACAAAGAAACACCAACCUACAUUUCCAUACCAAUGCGACGCCGUACAGAACCAAUCACAUCAAACUCAGUAUCAUUACUACUAUCAGAAGAAUAAUAGCGGCUCGAGAUUAAAUCCAAACCGUUCAAAACAACAAUCCACGUGUCCUUCUUAUUUCCGUUGGAUCCACGAGGAUCUACGGCCGUGGAAAGAAACGGGGAUAACGAAAAGGAUGGUCGAAGAAGCGAGCAGGACGGCGCAUUUUAGAUUGGUCAUACGUAACGGGAAAGCGUACGUUAAGAGAUAUAGGAAGUCAAUCCAAACACGAGACGAUUUUACUCUGUGGGGAAUCCUACAGUUGUUACGGAGGUACCCUGGGAGAUUACCUGAUCUCGACCUUAUGUUCGACGCUGAUGAUCGUCCCGUCGUCCGAUCUGAUGACUUUAUAGGUCAACCAGACAAGGAACCACCUCCAGUUUUCCGUUACUGUUCUGAUGACGCCAGCUUGGACAUUGUCUUCCCUGAUUGGUCCUUCUGGGGCUGGGCUGAAGUGAACGUGAAGCCAUGGGAUGAAUCGCUCGAGGCGAUAAAAGAAGGGAACAAUAUAACGCAAUGGGAGGAUCGCGUGGCGUACGCUUAUUGGAGAGGCAAUCCUUAUGUUGAUCCUACGAGAGGAGAUCUUCUCAAGUGUAAUGUUUCAGAACAUGAAGAGUGGAAUACUCGUCUCUAUAUUCAGGAUUGGGAUAAGGAAACAAAAGAAGGAUACAAGAACUCCAAACUAGAGAACCAGUGCACCCACAGAUACAAGAUAUAUAUAGAAGGAUGGGCAUGGUCGGUUAGUGAGAAAUACAUAAUGGCAUGCGACUCAAUGACAUUAUAUGUAAAACCUAGAUUCUACGAUUUCUAUAUACGAGGAAUGAUGCCAUUGCAACACUAUUGGCCAAUAAGAGACGACUCAAAGUGUACUUCUCUGAAAUUCGCCGUACAUUGGGGGAAUACCCAUGUGGACAAGGCUCGUGAGAUAGGAGAGAUGGGGAGUAGAUUUAUAAGAGAGGAGGUGAAUAUGAAGUAUGUGUAUGACUACAUGUUUCAUUUACUCAAAGAGUAUGCGAAGCUCUUGAAGUUUAAGCCUGAGAUUCCUUUAGAUGCCGAAGAGAUCACGCCCGAUAGUAUGGGAUGUGCCGCGACGGAACGGUGGAGAGAUUUCAUGGCUGAGUCUAUGGUAACGUCUCCAAGUGAAGAAUCCCCUUGUGGGAUGCUUCCUCCUUAUGACCCUCUAGUUUUACAAGAGGUUCUUGAGAGAAAAACUAAUUUAACACGUCAAGUUGACUUAUGGGAGGACCAAUACUUUCAAGAUCUUACCAAGAAGAACCCUUAAUUUUUUUUUGUUGUAAAUAGCAAAAUCGAAUUAAAUUACGAGCUAGCUAGUUACAAACGAGAUUUGAUUGUAGAAAACAAACUAUGAUUUUCGUCGAACUCCUAAUAUUGAUUUUGGUCUCCUAA